AUGGGACGAAGGAAGAUUGAGAUCCAGCCUAUAACCAACGAGCGCAACCGCUCCGUCACUUUCCUAAAGCGCAAGACGGGACUAUUCAAAAAAGCAUAUGAGCUAGGCGUGUUGUGUUCAGUCGAUGUCGCCGUCAUCAUCUUCGAACGAAGGCAAGGACAUGCGGAUAAACUCUAUCAAUACUGCUCGACGGAUAUACAGGGCAUGGUGGACAGGCAUCGACGCUUCGACGGCGAACGCGACACUCGCACCCCACACGACUUCUCAGGCAACGCA